GUUAUUAGAGGAUGCAACCUUUGUGUGCCCAUUCGACCCAACGAUUUCGGAAGGCUUUUAGAUUGACAUCCUAAACAGGAAGUGCGAGGAAUGGUCAGGGAGGAUACACUGAUCUCUCAGAGGGAUUUGCCCCUUCAUUUAAUAUCCCUGUGUAUUGCCCAUAGGUAUUGCCCUAAGAAAAAAGAAAACAAGACUUGGCGAGGUAACCUACACAUAUCACCGGCUAUGUCGGAGACAUACGAUUUCCUGUUCAAGUUCCUUGUUAUAGGAAAUGCAGGAACUGGCAAAUCUUGCCUUCUUCACCAAUUCAUAGAAAAGAGAUUCAAGGAGGACUCAAACCACACAAUAGGCGUGGAGUUUGGCUCUAAAAUCAUCAGUGUGGUGAACAAGUUUGUCAAGCUGCAAAUCUGGGACACAGCAGGACAGGAGAGAUUUAGGUCAGUCACCCGAAGCUAUUACAGAGGGGCAGCAGGAGCGUUGCUGGUCUAUGACAUCACAAGUCGGGAAACCUACAAUGCGCUCACGAACUGGCUAACGGAUGCAAGAAUGCUGGCCAGCCAAAACAUCGUCAUCAUCCUGUGCGGGAACAAGAAAGACCUGGAUGCAGAUCGGGAGGUGACUUUCUUGGAGGCGUCACGCUUUGCACAGGAGAACGAGCUGAUGUUUCUGGAGACCAGCGCUCUGACGGGGGAGAAUGUGGAGGAGGCGUUUGUGCAGUGUGCUCGGAAAAUCCUGAACAAGAUAGAAUCAGAGCUGGACCCAGAGCGAAUGGGUUCUGGUAUCCAGUACGGCGAUGCGGCUCUGCGACAGCUGCGAUCCCCCCGCAGGGCGCAGGCCCAGAGUGCCCAGGAGUGUGGCUGCUAAUCCGCAUGCUUUCCGCACUGGCAACCAAGACAGGUGUGUGAGGACGUGGAAAGAUCGGACAGCUGUGGGGGAAAGCGUUGUGAUGUUGGGGCUCGGUGAGGCGGAGCGGCUCUUUUCCUGAACCUUCCUUUUUGCUUGCGGACGGAUGGCUAGCGGCAGAGAGAACCCUGGUCGGGCCGUCAAAACUCCAGCUCUCUCUGGAACGCCAAGAUCUGCGUCCCAGUCCCCCGAGAGGGAGCGCCCUUGUGAUCCAAAACAUCCAAGAGUGGAGAGAGGGGAAACAGAAAAAAAAAGAAAAAAAAGAAAUCCCUGUCAUCUUUGCUGAAAGCCCCCGUGUUGAAGGGCAGGCCCGUCCAUGUGCCCUAGUUUCUCACCGUGUAUGUUGUAAAACCACUCUGAAGAAAGCCCCCCCCCCCCCCCCCCCCCCCAAAGCAUGUUUAAGGAUUGACAUGGCCAUGCAUCUCAUCUUUAGCUUUAGCACUCAUAUGAUAGAUAACCUGUCAAUAGUGGCAUAUCAUGUUUACGUCUGUGGCGAAUCGUUCCUUUCAGUGCAAUGUUAAAUACUCCCCAGACUUGCAGACAAAGACACUUUCACACAUUUAUGCCGUUAUCAUGGACUCUCAGUUUCUUGUGUUUGUACAAAGACAGUCAUUGCUUUUGCAUUCUAUCACAAUCACACUACAGAUGGAAAGCUGCUGUGUUUGUUUAUAUCCAGUUGAACAUGCAGUAUUGGAGGGACCCUCAUUAGAACAUGAGUGUCCUCCAUUGGAGAGAAUGUUUCACAAGGUUUUUGUGUGUCCUUCAGCCUCUGAUUAUUCUCUUUAAUUAUUUAGUUGCGAAUCUUUGAACCCUAAAUGUUCCAAACGAAUGGACCAACUUCAGCCUUUUAUCUUUUGUCAAGUUUUGUGUAUCAUGACAGUAUACAUUUUAAGCAUGUCAUUUUUUUUUUAAAUAUAGAUUAAUAGGCCCUUUCAUUUUUACUUGAAAAUGUCCCACUCUCACACCCUGUAUUUGCCCAUGAUUUACAGACAUAUGAAAUACCAAAUACACUACUGUAUGUUGAAUGUGUAGCAAAAUAUCGUUGAAAUCCUUUAAAUCAAAUCCUAAGUUUAGUGUGUCUGUUUUUCAUCUUCAUUUGUCAGGGAAUUGCUGUGCUGCCGAACAGAAAGAAAUAUAUACCUCUACACUGUUCUCAGAAGGAAAGACAUUAUCAAGCUUUGUAUCUAGAGGCAAGCCUCCUAAAACCACGAUGGUUUUUUUUUAAGAAACUCAGUCCAGACCGUGACAUCACUGAAUUUUAAGCAUUUGUACAAAUUGCAGGUGAGAGUAUUUUGAGGCUGAAUGCUGAAAGAGACUAAAUAUUUUAAACUCAAAGGGAAUCCCAGCCUUGAAAGGUUACUUAUUGUUCUUCAUGGUUGAAGCCCAGAUCAAGGCUUAUUUUUGUAUAAGCAGUGCAGCACUAAUAUUAUCACAACCAAAACAAUCAACAGUUCAAAUCAAAUAAAGGUGAUGUCUGCACUGCCAUGUCUUUGUUGAGCUUUUGCUCAGAUCUUUUGUACAUAUAGUGUCUGGUAUUUAAACAACUAUCUUCUCUGUUUUUCAAACUUGCCUUAGACUCUUUUGCUAGUGGAGGGAGGGAGUUGAGAAAAGCACUUGAUUACAACAGGUUUAUACCACUGGUCAUGUGUUUGAGUGGUCAACCACAUGCAGAUCUUCACUACUAGCCAGCAGGGUCAGUCGUGCUGUGAUUGACAAUGUGUUGUAAUUAACCCCACAUAUAUACACACACACACACACACACACAUAUAUAUGUCUGUCUUUAUGUUAUAGCUCAAAAAUUAAAGCAAAUCGUCGAAUAUGGCUUAAAUGCCUGAGUCCAGAGUUAUAUUUAUCCGUAGAAAUAAUCUUAUGUAACCUACUGCUGCCAUUCUGAAGUGCCAGUCUGGGCAUCUAUUAUCUAGCAUCUAAUAUUUCUUAGGUGUCUUAAAUAUCUAUCAUGAAAAUCAUCUUUAAUGUCUUUGUGUGGCACACUGACAUGAUUCAUCUGAAAAUGGCUGUUUUUAUUUUUUAAGAGAUGGAAUAUAGAAUUAGACAUAUAGAUUGUAUUGGCUCUUUUAUCUGAAGUUGGCACUUCACCUUUUACAGCUUAUUCUACUUCUACUGUAAUGCAGAAAA